AAAUCUCUGUUUCGAAUGUUGAGUUUGCGGGAGAUUUAGUCACCCUGAAGUAGUUCGAGAGUUACUAACGUUACGAUUCACUUACCACAUAAUAAAACUGAUUUUUGAAUUUGCUUUAAUGCAAAACUAUGUUAAUCUGGUUACCUUGCAAAUCAUUCGGACUAAUAUUUGAUCUAAGGAUAAUAUUUUAAUUGACAUAAUAUUAUUUUACUUCCUGUUCCAUCUGAGUAAAUAUAUAAAAAUGCGUGAACGUUUCUCCGCCGAAGACAGCAAUAAUUCUUCUACGGACUUUGGUUGCUCUACGCAGGAACUGCAGGGCCUUAUGCAGUUGCGUGGAGCUGAAGCAGUUGAAGUUGUGAAUAAACGAUUUGGUGGAGCUUCUGGAUUGUGUAAGCGUCUUAAAACCUCUCCAACUCAAGGAUUAUCAAGUCAUGAUUUAGCAAGACGUCGUGAAGUCUUCGGGACCAAUAUAAUACCCCCAACACCUCCAAAAAGUUUUUUUCAACUUAUGUGGGAAGCUUUACAGGAUGUAACAUUGAUUGUUUUAAUGGUGGCUGCAGGUGUAUCACUUUUACUGGCAUUAUAUUCUAAAUAUUUUGGUGGAGAGCAUAGUUCCGGUGAUGAGAGUGAAGGUGAAGUUAGUUGGAUCGAAGGUGUUGCUAUACUUUGUGCUGUUGUGGUUGUAGUUUUAGUAACAGCAACAAAUGAUUGGCAGAAAGAAAAACAAUUUCGUGGUUUACAAGACAAAAUUGAAUCAGACCAUAAAAUGUCUGUUUUACGAGAUGGUGAUAUUACAGAAGUACUAGUUGGUGAUAUUGUUGUUGGUGAUAUAUGUUUAGUGAAAUAUGGUGAUCUACUACCUGCUGAUGGAGUGAUUCUUCAAAGUAAUGAUUUGAAGGUUGAUGAAAGCUCAUUAACUGGUGAACCGGAUCAAGUGAAGAAAGGUGAAAACAUUGAUCCAAUGUUAUUAUCAGGUACACAUGUUAUGGAAGGUUCUGGUAAAAUGGUUGUUACAGCUGUUGGAGUGAAUUCGCAAGCUGGUAUUAUAUUUACAUUGUUAGGUGCAACUGAAGGAGACAAUUCAACUGCUGCACCACCACCUCCAAUUAAUUUAGCUAAUGCUAAUGAGAUGACACAAAUUUCAAGGAAUACAAAUCCAAACUAUGAUAUAGAUGGUAAACAACAACAUGAAAUAAAUAAAAAUCCUAAUGAUCAAUCUAAUGGUAAUAAACAUUCAAUUAAAGGAAGUGGCCAUGUCGCUUUCAGUGGUACAUCUGAAGUUGUGGGACCAGGUAAAAAUAAAUCGGCAGCCACAGGUGGUCGUAUUGAAAAUCAUCAACAUGAUAAUUUAAAUCAGCGUAACAGUUUAGGUAGUGGAGAUGCAGAGGCUACUGAAGAUAGCGGUGAUGCACCUAAAGGGCGUAAACGAAGAAAGAAAAAGUAUUCAGUGCUUCAAGCGAAGUUAACUCGUUUAGCCAGCUUGAUUGGACAACUGGGUACCGUUGUGGCUAGUUUAACAGUAAUGAUAUUAAUUGUAAAAUUUUCUGUCAAUACAUUUUAUUUUAACAAAGAACAUUGGGAUACAAGCAGACAUUUACAUCAAUUUGUACAGUUUAUUAUUAUUGGUGUAACAGUACUUGUGGUUGCUGUGCCCGAAGGACUUCCAUUAGCUGUAACUAUUUCAUUAGCUUAUUCUGUCAAGAAAAUGAUGAAAGACAAUAAUCUUGUACGACAUUUGGAUGCAUGUGAAACAAUGGGUAAUGCAACAGCUAUCUGUUCUGACAAAACAGGCACUUUAACAACAAAUCGUAUGACGGUUGUUCAAUGUUAUUUUGGUGAGAAAUUAACCCAAAAUACUGAUCAAUUACCAAAAUUGAAAGAUUUAAAUCAUAGAAUUGGACACAGAUUUGUGCAUGGCGUCGCAAUUAACAGUAGUUAUACAUCACGUGUGAUUAUUCCAGACAAACCAGGUGAAUUACCACAACAACUAGGAAAUAAAACUGAAUGUGCUUUGCUUGGAUUUGUACGCCAUUUAGGCGUGAAUUAUGAGGAUAUACGAGAACGGUGGCCACAAGAAAGUUUAGUGAAAGUAUUCACAUUUAAUUCUCUACGAAAGUCAAUGAGUACAGUGAUUAAAAACUUGGAACCUGAUAGGCCAGGUUAUACUGUUUUCACUAAAGGUGCUUCCGAAAUGGUUUUAAAAAAAUGUAGUUUCAUCUUGGAUGCUAAUGGUGAACCUAAACCAUUUAGUAAAUCUCAUCAAGAUAAUUUAGUUCGAGAUGUAAUUGAACGAAUGGCUAGUGAUGGAUUACGUACUAUAGGUAUUGCAUACAAAAGUUAUAUAGAUCCUACUGUUGGGCUAUUUUCGAAUGAGGUUCCUCUAAAUCGUGGACAGAUACCUGAUUUUGAUGAUGAAGAUACUAUCGUUGCUGAUUUAACAUGUAUUGGAAUAGUCGGAAUUGAAGAUCCUGUACGACCAGAGGUUCCUGCAGCUAUAAGAAAGUGUCAACGCGCUGGGAUCACUGUACGUAUGGUAACCGGUGAUAAUGUUAACACAGCAAGAUCGAUAGCUGCUAAAUGUGGCAUUCUUAAACCAGGUGAUAACUAUAUUGUGUUGGAAGGAAAAGAAUUCAAUGCUCGUGUACGUGAUCCACGUACAAAUCGUGUUAGACAAGAUCUAAUGGAUCAAGUAUGGCCACAGUUAAGGGUUCUUGCACGUUCUUCACCACAGGAUAAAUAUACUUUAGUAAGUGGGAUUAUAGACAGUCAUAUUUCAACUCGUCGUGAAGUUGUUGCUGUAACUGGAGAUGGUACAAAUGAUGGACCUGCAUUGAAAAAGGCUGAUGUUGGUUUCGCUAUGGGUAUAGCAGGAACAGAUGUUGCAAAAGAAGCUUCAGAUAUUAUAUUAACAGAUGAUAACUUUACAAGUAUUGUUAAAGCUGUCAUGUGGGGAAGAAACGUAUACGAUUCUAUUUCAAAGUUUCUUCAAUUUCAACUAACUGUUAACAUGGUUGCUAUUAUAGUUGCAUUUGUUGGUGCAUGUCUAAUAACUGAUAGUCCACUUAAGGCCGUUCAAAUGUUAUGGGUCAAUUUAAUCAUGGACACUUUGGCUUCAUUAGCCUUGGCAACUGAAAUACCAACAGAAGAGUUACUUGAACGAGCACCAUACGGUAGAACAAAGCCUAUUAUCAGUCGUAAUAUGAUUAAAAAUAUCAUCGGGCAGUCUAUUUAUCAACUAAGUGUUAUUUUCUUUCUAAUAUGGUUCGGUGAAUUACUGUUAGAUGUUGAAAAUGGUCGUGGUUUAAGUGCUAAAGGUAUAAAUCGUCCAACAGAACAUUUCACUGUGAUAUUCAAUUCAUUUGUUAUGAUGACAUUAUUUAAUGAAAUUAAUGCCAGAAAAAUACAUGGACAACGAAAUAUAUUCUCUGGAUUAACUAACAAUUUAUUAUUUGUUAUAAUUUGGAUUUCGACAUUUAUACUACAAGUCAUAAUUAUUCAGUUUGGUGGCUAUGCAUUUAGCACACGACCAUUAGCUUUAGAACAUUGGUUAUGGUGUUUAUUUUUUGGAAUAGGCACUCUACUCUGGGGUCAGGUUAUUAUUUCAGUACCAGUAUGGAUAAUACCAAAGAGAAGACGUAGAAUAGCCAAGCCCAGACGUUUAACACUAAUUGCAACACAAGAUGCAUUGGGAAUGGAAACAGACGGUCUAGUUACUCAAGAUUUAGUACAUCCACAACUUGCAGAUGGUGGUGUGGUGCAUAGAGCUAGUACAGGUUUUGUAAGUAAAGCGGCAAAUGCGGUUGCUCGUGGUUUUGGUGCAAUUUAUACACAACCUGAAGGUGAGGAAGAAGAAGAAGAGGAAGAGGAAGAUGAAGAAGAAGAUGAUGAAGAUAGAGAGGAUAUAGUUGGUGCCAAUCUACGUAAUACUGGCCAAAUAUUAUGGAUUCGAGGCUUAUCAAGAUUACAAACACAGGUACGUUUUUUUAGUAAAUAAGCUAUAUGAUAUAAUCUGUCACUAAGUUAGUUAAUCUUGUGCAUCUGACCAAUUGACAAAUAUAUGGGUUAGUUCAAGCAGUCACAUAAUCAUCAGCACAAACUAGAGAAAUCUCGGAGUACUGAAAAUAGUAACAGUAUUAGUAGGAGUAAAAACCUUUACAUAGAAAAAAAGUAUGAGAUUUUGGGACUUAUGAUCUAAAGGAAAACAAGGAGUUACGUUGUGCGUGAUAUCUUAAAAUAAUUCUAAUACCAAGUGUUAGAAACACAUCUAUUUCAUUCAAGAAAAGUGAAGUGUUCGGUGGGUGACUGAAAAUCAUUCACGAUCUUGCUUCAGAUAUCACAAGAACGUUGAACGUAUUUUGUUUGACAUUGGUAGAUAUAACUAAUCUUCAUUUCCAUUAUUAAUUUAAAUAUCAUUAUUCGCAUAUUUUAAGAUACGGUUAUAUACAAAUUGAAAUAAACAUCUUUUAUCUAAUAAGCAUGUGGUUUUGCCUUGAAAUAAAACUUAAUUCCGUAAGUCUACAUUGUUUUAUUCCUCUUUUAACCUGAAGAAAAUUUUAAGUAUUCUUCUUGAAGUAAAUGAUCUCAUUGUUUUCUGCAAAAUUAAGGUACACGUAAAUCUCUUUUAGUAUAAGAUCACCACUGCAUAGAGCAGAAAUACUACAGAAGAUAUGAUUUCUCCUAUAUUAAACAAUGAAUUAUUUAAAUAUUUUUCCAGGUUCUGACACAUUUCAUUAAUAUCAAAUUAGUUUAUUUUGAUAUACUUCAGGUGAUAGCUAACAAUAAUAACAAAUACCACAUAUUUUGGUAUAUUUAAUUUUUUUUUAAUCAGUCUAUAAAUGCCUUGAUGUUAUUACUCAGAAAUGUAAAGACAACCCUUUGUUUCAUAGAUUUAGAAACUCUCUACAUAAUUACAAUUGUCAUGACAUCUAGUUUUGACAUUUGUAAACGAAAUAUGCUAAAAAUCAAUAAAUUUAUAAAUACGCAUUUUUAUAAAUAAAUUUCUAAAUACCAAAUAAGUGAUCAAGUCAUGGAACAACGUAUAAGGUUUAAGUCCUUCUAAGUUAAUAUUAAUGAUAAUAACGCUAGUGUUUACUGUGAAUUAGUUUGCUUGAAAACACAUCAUAAUAGAGGACGUUCGUUGACUACUACCUUGACUGUAUGUGCGUAUUUUUGUGUAUGAGAUGAGAAAAAUAAAAGCAAUACUGUGUGUAUAUUCAUGUUUGAUUGUAACCAACUAAUCCUAUUACACAAAUUAUGGUUUAAUUUGAAAAGGAAAUUGUUUGAAAAAUAAUCAUUUUAAAAUAAAUCAAUUCUAACGACGAAAUAAAAAAUAAAAACACUUCAUGUACACUCAACUACAUAAUUCAAUGUUAACUUAUGUAAGCCAGUUAAGUUGUUCAGUAAUUUUCUAUACUAUGUAUACUUGUUGUUGUAUUCUGUUGUUAAAUGCACGAAUUUCAAACGAAACAAGGAUCAGAUUAUUAAAAAAAAACUUUAUCUGUUUACUAUUGUUUCUUUUUGUUGUUGUUGUUGUUUGUAUUUCUUAAAUGUUUACUGUAUUUUGAAUUUUACUUGUCUAACCAUGAUCACUUCAUUAUCAUAACAUAAAUCAAAAUGAUAAAUUUUUGUAAACAACAUAAAAUGAAUUAUAUUCUUCAAAAUAUUUUCUUAUAUUUACAUUUUGUUUAUUAUUUUGAAAACAUCACUCUUACUAAUGAAUACAUCAUUACUAUAAUGAUGAUGAUGAAAUCAUUUGCAUAAAAUUAAUUGGAUCUAUGAAAUUAAACUAAUUAGUGUUGUUUCAUAUUAAAUGUUAAAUCGUUUCAUAUUGUUGUCAUAUUUUAUAUUGAAUGUCAUUUGUUUUGUUUAUAUUCUAAUCAUUUGAAUUAAUUUCAUACACACAUGAUGAUAAGUACACCAAUCUUCGUUCUUGUUCUCUUUAACAUUUAGAUUAAAUUAACAAAAAUGUUGAAAAAAAGAAACACUACUUUUUCAUGCUUGGUCUGUAUGGUGUACAUAUAACACAUAAUAAUAUAAGUAAAUUUUGUGCAAAACGUUGUUGGUUGAGUAAUUUAAAAUGCUUAUCUCAAAAUUAUAUUGAAUAUAC